UUGCCUUCAUUCAUAUCCUGCGGCCGCUGUGACGUCAGAUCGGCAAUUUUUUUCCUUCUCCAAAAUAAUAUUUGCUUGACUUUUCUGUCAAAGUCCAUAGGAGUCCAUAUUGGAACACUGUUAAAUAUUCGAGCGAAACAGCUAGUUUAGCUAGUUACACUGGUUAUAGGGUGAGUCGGUUGUAAGCUUGAUGCAGGCACGUAUGAACUAGCCAUAGGAAGUUAUUUGUAUCACCAUGAGCAAUGGGGAGACUGGUAAUGUGUAUACCAAAGUAGCUGCAUUGAGAGAGAUAUGUAUCAAAGGAGUGAGCGAACAUAUGACGGCUCUUGAAAAGCAAGUUUGGGAUUUACCAGCUUCACUCAUAAAGGACAUCUUGCCUCAUUUGAACAUUUUUUAUCUGGAAAGAAUUGAGCCUGCUGCCAAACGCAAAGGUGUGUCCACUGAUGUUGUUUGGGCUGCUCUAUGGAAAGAUUUGGUAAAAGCAUGGCGUUGCAGAUCCAGGACCACGGUCUCUGCUCAUGAAUGGAGGCAUAAAUGCCUUGAAAGGAUUUUUCACCUGGCAUUGUUUGGGCAUAUCCGAUUGGACAGACCCUACCUUUCAAAUCUCAGCUGGUCUUCCAUCCUCUCUCUGACGGCUAAUCAUGUCCAGAUCCUUUCUCUCUUUGGGUCUGCCAGAGAGAUUUGCAAACUGGCUUCAGAUGAAUUGAGGCCAGUCUUGGCCACCUUGGAGAACAAUGUCAGAUGUAUUAAACUACAGGACACCAGUGCCCUGUUUAAACAGGGCCAUGCCGUCAUGUUGUACAUCUUUCAUCGCCUUCUUGACCAUGGAUCAGUCAGGGAUUUGGUCCUGACAAGGAGCCCUGACAUAAGGCUUCUGACUUGGAUUCUGCAGAAUGACAGCGGAAAUCAGUGCAGUAUGCCACAGGCAGACACCCCACACCUUGGGUUUGGAGAAAGAAAAAGACCUUGCUUGCAUGGAGAAAGUGCUUCCAGCUGUGGAACGUGCUUGAUACCUGAAGAUGAAAAUUUAGGUGCCACGUUAACCAGAUGUAGGGACACGUACAACGACGCAUGCUUGACUCCAUUAAAGCGUCCACGGUUAGACGUAGGACAAAUGGCAGGAGCUGCUGAAACGAGUGCUGGGGGUCUCCCUUCUCAGUCCUUUUCAUGGCAACAUAUGGACUCAGAGGGUCAGUUUCCUCCAUUCACCCCAUCCUGCAGUCUUAAUGGGCAAAUGUGUCCCAAAGGACAGAUCCACUCCCUGGUCCUUGAAGUGUUAAAAGAUAACUUCUCUAGGACGGUAUCACCACUUCUGUCCUCCUCCAUGUGUCUGCGCUCACUCCAUCUUCACAGUGAGUGGGCCAUUGAGGAAGCUGAUGUGUUGGGGGUGAUGGAAGCCCUUAAGGUGCUGUUUGAAAACCCCGCCUGCUCUCUGACUGACCUCAGUAUUGGUUCAGUGUCAUGCUCUAUGCCAGUGUGUACCCUGCUGCUGCGCCUGCUGACUGCAUGCCCAACCCUCAAGUCCUUCUCUUUGGAGGCCUCUCCUGUUUGCCACCAAACAAAGACUUGUGUGACUGCAGCUACUCAGCCUGCUGAAGACACUGUGUUUUCUCUCGAGAGGUUGUCCCUGAGAUUCCCCCAAGUAUGUGAAAACCUGGAGAGCUUGACACUGGUGCUGAGACGUGCCUCGAGUCUGACAGCACUUCACCUCAUAGGGAUCCAUAAUGGAGGCCAGAAGCUUGGCACCCUGCUGCAGUCCCUGCCAGAGUUGAAUCCAAACCUAAAAUCCCUGUCCCUGGAUGAUGUCAACUUGGCUAAUUGUCACAAUGAAGUUCUAAAUCUCCUGAACAACUCAAAGUUGGAAGAUGCACACUUCAAAGACUGUCGACUCCUGGAGAAAUGUGAAGUGAAGGAGGACUUUCUUCUGCCUUUUGUGACUGCACUGAAAGGGCUCUUGUCACUUCGCUCCCUCACAUUAUCCCAAAACCGCCUGGCCAAUGGUAUAAUUGCACUGGGAGACCUAUUUUCAGGAGAUUCUCCUUCCAGGAUACAGAGACUGGACAUCAGCUCCAACUACAUUUUACCGACGGGACUGCUGGAAUUUGGGAGACGGUUGGAGUACAGCCCUCCACCGCCUGGACUGACUGUAGAUCUGCAGUGCAACCCCCUCGAUCGUGACCCCCAGGUCACAGAGGAAGCUCUGCUGAAGCUUCGCCCUCUUUGCUGUGUCCUCACAGAUGACUGGAAUUCCAGAACUACUAUGGCUGACCACAUUAGUGUCAUGUGAUCGGUGAUGUGGUUGGGGAAUACUUCUACCUCAGAUCACAAGUAACACUCUGGAUUUUACUUUUACAUGCAAGUUACGUAUGUUUUGAUAAAAUUGUGGAAAACCAGAAGCUGAUGUAUUUUAAACAUUUUCCAAAUAAAUACCUUAUAACGGUUAUAACGGAGAAGAAGUGUGCCCAAGUGUUGUGGACAGAUGAGACUAAGAUCAACCUGUCCCAGAGUGAUUUAAAGUGUGGAAAAAAGGAACAGUUCGCAUGACCCAAAGCCACCUCAUCUGUCAAUUUGUCCAAUUACUUUUGGUCCCUUUAAAUUGGAGCUUCAUGUCUAUUGCUGCCAAUGGCUCUACCACCACAUAGCUAGGUACGCCUUUCCCCUUCAGCAGAUGGGGUAGGAGGCUAGGCAACCUCCUGGCUGCGGCCUACCAGGUUGGCAGUGCAUCAUAGUUAUGACAGCAUGGUUGUUUUAUAUUAUUUUCAAGUUGAGAAUCCUGCAUAGAAUGCCUUUAAUCAUCCCCUAGUUUUUCUGCACUGGUGGAACUCAGUUUCCCUUUCGCUGUCAAAUACUUUGUGAUCAUGAAAUGAAAUAAAAUCACUAAAUGCAAUCCACCAUCAUCAUCUCAUCGAUGUAAUAUCAUCGUAGAUAAUGAAAUAUCCCCAUUUAACUACGCCAUUCAUCCCAUCACAAAUGGGAUAAUUACAAGACAAGGAGUUUUACGCUCUCAAGCCAAUCCCGGCUUGUCUUCCCCAACGGGAGCUGAAAUAUUUGUAUUAUUAACACUUUGUAAGAAAAUCUGUGGUUUCAUAUCGGAUAGAUUUGAAAGGUUUAUUUACUAAAGGGCCAUUAAUACAUAUUUACACCAUAAAUAAAACAAACAAACAAACAAACAAAAAACUAUGAAAGGAAAAACAAGGUCCACACGCUGAAAUAGUCUCAUCAGUGACAUGUCAGUUUCAUACCAAAACACUGAGGGAGGUCUGUGAAUGGCAGGGUAAGGUGGUCACUCAAGAUUAAGGUGGGACUCGCAUGAACAACCGUUCCAUCUUGCUCUCAACACCUAGGCCAGGAUUUGGCCCCUCGCACACAAAUUCCCAGUGCGACUGGCAUUCACACCACCCCUCUCUGGUCUUCGUGGGAACGCUGGUGGAAGACGAAGGACACAGCGGCGUCCCAGGAGGACUGUAGCACGGCGUCCUUCAGGCCCCUCUUGUCGGCGCAGUGGUGCCACUGGGACAGGUCGCUGGUGCAGUCCGAAUCCUCCGGAGGGGGGCGUACCUGCCGCCCAUUCACACAGCGCCGGCAGCGGAACCUGGGGACGCACGGCCAGGCAGACUUACAGGGCGGAUCGAAUUCCUCACGUUUUAAACUCCAACAAUCCUUUCAGUUCCAAGAGUGCCAUAUGGCACUCAAGCACAACUACCACAAAAUCCCAAGAGUGCCCUAUGGCUCGAUAUUAUACCUUUUCAACCAAUCAAAAUGACUGCUAUGGGACUGGGACUGAAAGGGUUAAGGAGCAAAACCAACAUAAUUUGAAUAGCUGUCAUUGUAGUUUGAGCUUUGCAUUACCCGACGAGUGUACCAAUGUCAGACCUGGGUCAAAUAUGACAUUCAAAUAUUUUUCUAUGCUUUGCUGAGCUUGUCUGGUGCAUUGGAACCCAUAUAAUACAUCUAAACACGACGUUCUGGUCUUGGUUGGCUCAAUUGCACCAGGCAAAAUCAAGAAAAGUAUUUGAUGGAUUCAAAAAAAAUUAUGGAUUAGCCUCUGGUCUGAUGUGUACUUAUGUUUUGUUGUCAUUACUAAUGGUUGAUUGGGUUGUUGGUUGGGUCACCUCUUCAAGCUGCAAGCUCUCCCUGCCCCUCCCUAGCUCCCUGUAAACUGUUUAUUGUUUAAUUUAUUUGUG